UGUCCCUCGGACACAGAGGAUCACCGAUCAUGAAAAGAGCCGAAGAUGUCGGCUCGGUCAUGUGAUCAGCUGUGUCCAAUCACAGCUGAUCACAUGGCACUGAUGAUCAGUGUGCCCUGGUGAUCAGUGUGCCCUGAUGAUCAGUGUAGCCCCAGCAGUGCCAUCUGUCGGUGUCCAUAAGUGCCAUGUGUCAGUGCUCAUCAGUGCCUUGUGCCAGUGCCCAUCAGUGCCACAUCAAUGCCACAUAUCAGUGCCUACCAGUGCACAUCAAUACCACAUAUCAGUGCAUAUCUGAGCUGCCUUUCAGUGCCAGUCAGUGACACCUAUCAAUGCCAAUCAGUGCCACCUAUCAGCGCUGCCAAUCAGUG